AUGGCUUCUCAAAUCUCGAGCUUAUGGCUUAUUCUAAGUCUCUUCACCUUGAGAGCUCUCGCUGCGUGUGCUAGUUACGGUGUAGAUUACGUGAACGGCGGUUCAUACGACAUCGAUGCGUCUUCAAACGACAAUUUCACAUUCACCACUAUAUUCCAGGGAUGCGAUCAAGAGUCUGUAAAGCCAAUUCUCAUAGAUCCUAACGGCGGUCAACACCCCUGCUCUGCUAUAAGUACAACACCUGCCGGAACUCAGGUAACCUCAACAUGUGAAAUCAAAUACUCUGCCAUGACUUCCGGGUUAUACAAGAUAAUCAUAUCUGGAAGUGCAAUUGGUGUUCAAAGGACUAUUGCCCUGACAGUCGGCACCCCUGAUGUGAUUACUAUCACUGCCACGCCUACUGUCGUAGUUGGUGUUACCAGCACACCUAACGCAACAACAAUAUACAAAACCAUUGCCCAAACGCUGACUUCAACUCUGCCACCUGCGACGGUGACGACACCUUGCGAUGGCACCACGCAAACAGUGACCAUCACACCAACGGCACCAACAAUUACUAGCACAUAUUUGAUUACUCGAACUGCUACAGACAAGGUUACAAGCUACUCGACAACCACGAUAACAAAGACAGCCUACUGUCACUAUCUAACACCUCCAUCAUUUACUAUACCAGAUCCUGCCCCUACAAUCUGUAUCGGACUUGCCUGCUUCCCGAGUGUCGGCAUAACCAUAGUACCUGACACAGCUACGAAGACCGGCAAGUUAAACGCGGUUGCUGCUGCUGCUUCUGUAGCCGCUACUACUGUGACGGUCACAGAGACUACUUACACCGUUACAAGUACAAGCGUCACUACGAUUCCAGCGUCGACAACAACAGAGGAUGUCUACCAAACGAUUAUCGCUACUAUAACACCCGCCCCGACAACGAAGUGUGACGAUUCUAGGCCUCCACGUACUGUCACUAUCACGAAGCCCUUCGCGACGGUCACGCAAACAGAUAUCGACUACACUACUACGCAUGUCGAGGCUAUUAUUUGGGUCGGAAAAACUUCAUACAAGACAUCGACGGAUAAGUCAAGCAAGACAUCCUGCUCGAGGAACGGUGGAUGGUACGGAGCUGAUGGAAGUAUGCCAGUCACGGCUACGGCCUAA